UCCGCCUGGAAGCAAAAAGAAAAAGAAAAUGACCAGCUCUCUUCGGAGAAGAUUUUUCUGUCUGAAAAGUCGCUCUUUUUUCUUUACUAUGCGUUUUAAUGUUUUUGUCUGCAGUCAACAUAGCGACAUUUAAAGUUGCCAGACAAUAAAGUCUAUUAUUUGGCAGCACUGACCCGGCUUGUGGUCAAACCUGCAACCUGACUGAGAAGAUGCCAGCAGCUGAGGAGUCUCACGGUGUCAAUCAAGUUGUGGACAACAUCUGUAAGCUUUCCCCAGAUCUGUUGGCUGAAGCUUGUCAGCACAUUUUGACUUAUCUUCAAGGGCACAUGCGAGGGGUAGAUUCAGCUGAAAUUUCUGACAGAUUUCAGAGAGCGGGAGUCAGACUUGAUCAUGAAGCUCUACAGAACAUUAUCAGAUUUCUCUUGUUAACAUUCAGGUCAGCUGGGAAGAGUAACCUCUCCGGGGACGACCUCGUGUCGAGGCUGGAAGAAGGCAGCAACAAGUGGCCCAAAGCUUCCCUCCAGGUGUUACACACGCUGUGGAGUGAACAUGGUGCGUCGGUCCACGCCCAGCAGGAGGUGCAGGCCGUGCUCAGCAUCGGCCAGUUAGUGGACAUGCAGUGGAGGCUCGGCAUGGCGGUGAGCUCCGACACCUGCCGAUCUCUCAACUCCCCGUAUGUGUCUCUACUGCUGAAGAUCGUAGAGCCCUCUGGACAGAUUUGUCAGAGGUCUUUUGAGAUGACCAUUCCACAGUUCCAGAAUUUCCACAAGCAGUUCAAGGAGAUGGCAGCUGUUAUGGAGACUGUAUGAUGGCUUCAAGCACACGGAAGUGCUUGUUCUAAAUGAGUUUACAUGACGCAGGCGUCUGUCUGCUGGCUGAAUCAGAAUGUGGAUUCGUAUUACUGCAAAUGUCAAUUGUCUGCUUUGAACUUCUAUUUUUCUGCAGAUUGCAUAAGCUCCUUAAUGAGUAACUUUUGAAACAUCCAGCUGUUAAAAUAGUUCAAAAUGCCUGUUUUCACUCUGAAUGCCAAGAUUUAAGUUUAAUUCCUCCCCUUAACUUUUCCAGGUAUCAUUGAUUUAAUUUGAAGGACAUGUACUGUUGGCAUUAGAUACGACAGUCCUAUAAUAAAUACUUUGUUCAUGAAGGUUAUAAUGCUCACUUGUUUAACACUUAAUGGGCAUUUUGAAGGAUGCAGUGUAUGUUUAAAAAAUGACUAAUCUACCUAGUUCCUUGUACCUUUUUGAAGUUAAUUGUAUUAUACAGAGAGGCGAUUCUGUUAUUGGUCUACCCUCUUUUGUGGGGUGGACAAAAUAAUAGAAUCACCUGUCACAAAGCAAUACAGUUCAACACACAGCAUUCUCAAGUGCAUCCCCCAAAGUUAGUCUACUCAACAACACUGUAAAUAGUUUAAAGCUGAAACGUAUAACCUUCGUGAAGGGAGAAUUUAUUUGCAGAGCUGUUGUAUUUGACUGCAGUAGUUUUAGCUAGGAGUACUUAAUAAUGUGGCAACUGUAUGUAUUGUAUCUGUACUGUUUAUCAGUCCCUCCAGGAUUCUGUGGGCUGUUUUUAUGACAGGUGCAGCCCGAAAUGCUUAAUAUCACAGCAGCUUUUCUAAAAAUUCGCAAUGUGUGUUGUAAUAUCUUUUUAUGUGUUUUUUUUGUUGCUUUUUUGCAAUGAAAUUGCUGGAGCAAAUGAAAAUUGCAGUACAGUAGUUGUGGUGCGGUCUCAGAUUCGGAGCCAGUUAUUACGAAUUCACGACAAAACUGAGACUAAUAUUAAAAUGGUUUCUGCAUUCCAAAUCACCCAUAUAUUCAUACUUCAAAUUUCAUGGGACAGACCGCAACAGAUAUGUGAGCAAGAGGGUCAAACUUUAAGGUGUAACAGUAUGACAAAGUAGCAGGUCCCAAAUGUACAUGUACUUCAUGCUGCAGUACAUACUGAAAGUGAAAAGAAAAAUUAUGUGAUUUGGAGAGCAAGAUAGUUUUUUUGUGGUAUAAAUAGUACGGUAUUGUGGGUAUUGGAAUGCACAGUGUGCCUCAUUUGUGACAUGUCUAACAAUAAUAUGGUUUAGAUUAACCCUAGUUUGCACUAAACUUGAGUUUGCCUCUGGUGUUGUACGUUUAGAUUGUACUGAAUGAAAAUUUGUUGCCACAGUGAGAUCAGCCGCUGCUUAUGUUGCUGUGUCUUUAUCUAACAGAUAGUGAUUAGCCCACUAUACAAAAUUCUCUAUACUGUAUAGUUUCAUUAGUGGCUGAAAUUUCAUAUAAACUUUCAGUUUGUAGUUUGAAAAGCCUGCGAAGUGAAACACCCCACAUACACUUUUAACACUCCUUGUGCUUUUUAUAAAUGUCUUAAUUAUGAACACUUACUUUUGCUGUUCAUGUCUUUCCCUGUUAUGCUGAAAUGUACACUGUGUGGUUCUGAGGAGGUCUUUGCCCUUUUUCUUCUUUGGUCUGUCCUCACUUUGAUGCCAUAUGAGGGUGAUGCAAUAAACAUUUAUUUAAUGUAAA